CAUAUAUAGAUGGAGACUGAAGAGAGAAGCGAAUUCCAAGUUUGUCCAGAAUUUUUCAUAACCUUUUUUUCAAUCAAAAUAAUCAUUGUAGCCGUCGUAUUUACUAUUAAAAAUUUUUUAUUGUUACAUAUUACUGUUUUAAAUUAUAAAUUACUAAAAUGAGAUAUGGACAACUAGUUAUGGGCCCAGCUGGUAGUGGCAAGUCUACUUACUGCUCUAUCAUUCAAAAACAUGCUGCAGAUCAAAAUAAAGUAAUUAAUGUAGUUAACUUAGACCCUGCUGCAGAAUAUUUUGAUUAUAAUCUUCUUGUCGAUAUUAGAGAAUUGAUUCAAUUAGACGACGCUAUGGAAGAAUUGAAAUUUGGUCCCAAUGGCGGUCUUGUUUUUUGUAUGGAAUAUUUGCUUGAAAAUUCAUCAUGGCUCGAAGAACAAUUAGGGGAUAUUGAUGAUGAUUACAUUAUCUUCGAUUGUCCUGGUCAAAUAGAACUUUAUACUCACAUGACAGUUAUAAGACAGUUGAUAAAAAUGUUAGAAAAUAUGAAUUUCAGACUUUGUGGUAUAUUUUUGGUUGACAGUCAAUUUAUGGUCGAUGCAUCCAAAUUUUUAUCAGGAACUAUGGCAGCAUUGAGUGUUAUGAUUAAUUUAGAAUUACCUCAUAUAAAUAUUCUGAGCAAAAUAGAUUCGUUGUCGAAAUCUGCUAGAAAACAGUUGGACAAAUAUAUUGAACCUGAUUCAGAACUUUUAUUAGCUGACUUACAAAAUGAUCCUUGGAAUGAGAAGUACAGAAAUUUAACAGAAGCUUUAGGAAGACUUAUUGAAAGCUAUAGUCUUGUAAGAUUUUACCCUUUAAACAUCAAAGAUGAAGAAAGUAUAACCAACAUUAAAGUAAUUAUUGAUAAUACAAUUCAGUUUGGUGAGGAGGAAGAUGUGAAAACGCGAGAUUUUGAUGAGCUAGAGCGAGAUGAUUAAUUUUAUUUAAUAAAAAAAUUAUUGUGAAAUGUGUAUUUUUAAUUUUAAUGUAAUUAAAAUUGUACGAUUUAAUAUAAAUUUUUAACUCAAAUCUUA